AUGGCCUCUUCUUCUCCGUUAAACAAGCUUGUGCUCAUCUUCUUAGCUUGCUUCGUGUUCGCAUUCUCAGACAACCUCGUGGCUGGAGAUUCCGACAAAGUGAAGCUCAAUCUGUACUACGAAUCACUUUGUCCCUAUUGUCAGAAAUUCAUAACAGAAGAUCUAGCCAAAGUCCUUGACUCCGAUCUCCUCACGAUCACCGAUCUCAAGCUUGUUCCAUUCGGUAAUGCCGAAGUCUCGGAUAAUUCGACUGUCACAUGCCAGCAUGGUGAAGAGGAAUGCAAACUAAACGCCAUUGAAGCUUGCGCCAUAAGCACUUGGCCCGAUCCGAUGUUGCACUUCUCGUUCAUAAUGUGCGUUGAAGGGAGCACGAAAGACUGGGAAUCAUGUGUUCCGGACCCUACAAGUUUGAAAGCCAUCAAUGAUUGUUACUCCGGUGAUCUCUCUAAAAAGCUCAUACUUGAGUAUGCAAAUCAGACCUUGAGUUUGGAGCCGAAACAUGAAUACGUACCAUGGGUUACACUCAACGGCGAACCACUCUAUGAUGUAUAG